AUGCUAAGCCUCCUCCUCAAGAAUUUGCAUAAGCUGUACUCCGGCGAUCCCAACCCUUGGGCCGCUUGGAUCCGCUACUGGUACUGGGGCGAAUGCGCCUCCGGCGACUCUCCCUGCUGGCGCGCCAUGCAGUCUCUCCUCCCCCUCUACAGGAGCAUGACGUCUGUCGUCCUCGCCGAUGGCGCAUCCACCUCAUUCUGGCUUGACUCCUGGUCAUCCGCCGGUGUGCUCAAGGACUCCCUUCCGGCGCUCCUCUCUCACUGCCUGGAUAAAUCCAUCAGCAUCAAGACUGUGGUGGCCCUUGGUGCUCGCGGCCUCGCCUGGCCUCCGCGACUCUCCUCAGCGGCCAACCACGAGCUCGCCCUCCUGGAAUCCGCGCUCGCCACGGUACCACUCUCCCCCGGGCAUGACCUCCGCUUCAUCACGACCUCGCCCUCGUCGUCCUUCCGCACCAGCCUCGUCUAUGAAGCAAUCCGUGCCGCGCCCACGGCUCCGCCCCCGCCUCUCGCCGACGCCAACUGGAACAACUUUGCACCGGCCAAAGUCCAGUUCGCCUUCUGGCUUCUGCGCCUGGGAAGGACCAGAACGCGGGAACGCCUGCAUCACCAUGGUUGCCUUGACACUGACAUCUGUCCAUUCUGCCCCGGAGUUGAAGAUGUUGUGCACCUCUUUGUGACAUUCCCCCGCCUCCGUGGUCUCUGGGACCGGUUCUUCCCCGACGCCAUCGCUCCGACCGACGUGCUCUCCAUCCACUCCUCUCUCGCCUCUACUACAGGUUUGGAUGAGCCCUCCACCAACACCGCGUUGCUUCUCACCCUAUGGUGCGUCUGGAAAGCCAGGAACCGUAUGGUCUUCGACAACAUUGCCCUCGGCGUGGACGGCAUCAUCGCGUCGAUGCGUGCACGCCUCCGGCUUUGGGUCUUUCGUGCUCCCUGCCGGGUCGACUCGUCUCGGCUCCUGCUCUGGUGUAACUCCCUUAGUAAUGUAACAUAA